GAUGCGGAUGCUCUAGUUUCUUGCUUCAGAUAUCACAACAGCGAAAUCGUUGCUUAGUCACUUUGGGAACCGGACAGACGACACAUCGCAGAGCGCGAUUUCAUUUCUCAUUCUUUUAUUUUUGUAAAGGAUUUAUAUCUCCUUUGUUUUGUGUCCUGUUGUGUGUGCUCCAUCAUGGCUGUGGUCAUCCGAUUACAGGGACUCAGAAUCACGGCUGGUUCUGAGGACAUUCGCAAUUUCUUCACUGGGCUCAGAAUCCCUGAUGGUGGGGUUCAUAUAGUUGGUGGGGAGCUUGAGGAAGCUUUCAUAAUCUUUGCAUCUGAUGAAGAUGCGAGAAGAGCGAUGACCCGCUCGGGGGGCUGCAUUAAGGGCUCUCCUGUCAACUUGCUCCUGAGUAGCAAGUCAGAAAUGCAGAGUGUUCUCGAGGAAAGCACUAAAAGGCCUGAGUUAAAAAGCAGGGGCAUGUACAAGGAGGUUGUCAAAAGUCCUUCUGCGGAACGAGGUCCUAUACCAUUCAAUAAGGACCCAAGAGUAGACAUACGAAGGUCGGAUCAUCAAGAAAUGAGGAACAGGCCUUCUCUAUCUUCAUUCAGUGAGACACGGCACCAGAGAGAAGGGAGUGUGUCAGAGAGAGAUGAGGUUUAUCUGAAAUUGACAGGGAUGCCGUUCUCUGCGACAAAAGACAACGUCUAUACCUUUUUCAGUGGGUUACAGAUUGAUGACAUUAUGUUUUUGAGAAACCCCAGAGGACAGUUCAGCGGCCAUAGUAUUGUGCGCUUCGCUACCAAACAGGAUACAGUUGAAGGUCUAAAGAGGGAUCGACAAUACAUGGGACCACGGUAUAUCCAACUAACAAGAUGCUCCGAGGAGCAGUGGCUGGCAGAAGGAGGACUCGUUAAACCAGACAGUCGGAAAAGAGCGUCCCUAGAGCGAGCGAGGUCUCGAUCUCGAUCUCCCAUUUCCUACAAGUCAAGAUCACGAUCGCCCUCUCAUGAAGAAUACUGUGUCAUGUUUGAGAACUUGCCUUACCUGGUUGAAAAGAGAGAUUUGAGAGUGUUACUUCACCCGGUUUCUUUGAAAGAUGAUCAGAUUAUUAUCUUUGCUCAAAAAAAGGAUGAUAGGACCAGAUCAGCUGUUGUGGUGUUUAGAAGUCUCACAGACUAUUGUGCUGGUUUGGCUCAUAAUAAGGAAAUGUUGAUGAACAAGGUAGUGUACGUGUCACCCAUCUCCAAGGAGAAAAUGGUCACCUUGUUGGAAUCAUCUGUUGACUCAAGAGACAAGGGAAAAGAGUCGAGACGUUCCACAGAAAGGCCCCAGUCUCAACGAAACAAUCCUGACUCGCAGUUGAGGUGUCUCUACGUGCGCAAUCUCCCAUUUGACGUCCGUAAGGUGGAGAUCAUGGACUUCUUUCAUGGCUAUCCACUCUCAGAGGAUAGGGUUGUCUUAUUGCGAGACGAAAGAGGAGCUGGGCUCGGUGAGGCUUUGGUGAUUUUCCAAUCUGAGAAGGAGGCCAUGACGGCACAGUCCCUAAACGGACAGAGGUUUCUUGGAUCGGAAGUCAUGCUUAAGUGCAUAACGAUUGGCCAGAUGCAGAAGUUUGGCGUCAAUGACCAGUUGAUGGAUAGCCCACAAGAAAGGAACUUCCAGAGGACCGAAGUUUUCAACGAUGGUCCUCAUUUUUCGAACACUUCGAUGCCCCGAGAUGAUUGUGUGAUGCCGCCUAAUUUGCACCAGGGUUAUGGAGGUCAUGAUCACUUUGAGCCUAAUUUUGGCCGCAAUGAUGCAUUUGGGCCGGGACCGGAUGGUAAUGGACGUCAUUGUUAUGGAUCACCUGACCAACAACUCGACGGUCCGAUUUGUCUGAAAUUGGUCAAUCUACCUUCUCAGAUAAGGAUCGAUGAGAUUUAUGACUUCUUCUAUGGAUACAGAGUGAUUCCAGGUUCUGCCUCGUUGCUUUAUGAUAGAAAUGGAGCUCCCAUACGGUCAGCAACGGUAGCUUUCGAAACACACAGAGAGGCGCUCACUGCUCUUCAAGAAUUAAAUGGACGACCAAUUGGCACCAGAAAAAUUCAGAUUUUGUUUAUGUAGCUAUGCUUUUAGACUACAGUCUUCUUACUCAAUUUCCUUUUUUUAAAGUUGUAUGUGCUUUUUCACUGAUUAACAAGUGAAGAAUUAAUUUUUUUCUUGUUUUUCAUAAAUCUGCAGAUGAAACACUGCUUUAAUUUAGAUCCAUAUUUGAUAUCUUAACUGUUUGAAAAUAGUGCAUUUGUAUGCAUGUCAGUGACAGUAUCUAGACUCAGUAUUAUUCGUGCUGUUGAUUGUUCCCCCAGAGUAAUGACUACAAUUUGAGAUUUCACUAAAUAUGUCACCAGUAUAUUUAGUUUUUAGAUAAAAUCAGAUCUAAACAAAUCUUCUUAACAUUGUGAAAUUGUAAAUUUCUUUCUACAACCAGUUGAAUUGUCAGUUCAUGUUUAAUGCUAUUAAAGGCAUCCGCUUGUUCUUCUGA